AUGAAAUUGGCCACAGAAGUAACACUUAAAUUAAAUAAUGGUAGAACAAUCCCUGCCUUAGGUUUGGGAACUGUUCCAUCAGAUGAUCCAAAAUAUGUUAAAGAUCAAGUUAUUACUGCUAUUAAAGCUGGUUAUCGUCAUGUUGAUACUGCUUGGUAUUAUGGAACUGAAAAAUAUGUUGGUGAGGCUUUAAAAGAAUUAUUUGAUGAAGGUGUAGUUAAACGUGAAGAUGUAUUUAUUACAACAAAAGUUUGGCCAUCAUUUUGGCAUAGUCCUGAAAAAUCAUUAGAUCAAUCAUUGAAAACAUUGGGUUUAGAUUAUGUUGAUUUGUUAUUACAGCAUUGGCCAGUUUGUUUACACGGGGAUGAAAAUGGUCAACCAACUCAACCAAAAGAUUCAGAAGGUAAUUUAAAAUAUGAUGAUGAUCCAGCUGAAGGUACUAAAUUCAUUGAUGUUUAUCAUAGUUUAGAAGAUAUUUUAGAUAAUACUGACAAAGUAAAGUCAAUUGGUAUUUCAAAUUAUUCAAUUCCUAAACUUCAUCAAUUAUUACCAAAAAUUAAAAAACAUGUCCCAGUUGUUAAUCAAAUCGAAUACCAUCCUCAAUUACCACAACAAGAUUUAGUUGAUCUUUGUAAUGAAAACGGUAUUAUAGUAGAAGCUUACAGUCCAGUUGGUGGACCAGGAGCUCCAGUUCUAAAAUUGCCUCUUGUCAAAGAAUUAGCUGAAAAAUAUGAUGUUAGUGUCAAUGAAAUUGUUGACGCUUAUCAAAUUUUAAAUGGAAGAGUUGCCUUACCUAGAUCAUCAAAUCUCGAAAGGAUUAAAAGCAUUAUAAAACUUCCACCAUUAACUAAAGAAGAAUUGGAUGAACUUUAUCAAAUUGGAGCCAAAAAUCCAACUCGUUACACUAAUGAUCCAUGGGGAUACGGAUUAGGAUUUAAAUGGUGGGAAGGUGAUACUUUAAGUAAAAAAUUUGAUUAA